UGUGUGUGUGGUCGCUGAUAGAUAAUUAGCACACUGACUUCCGUAUCACUGAGCAUGAGCUGCUUCCGUAUCAUGUGAAGUUUGUCUGGUCUCACGGUCUAUUGCUUCAGGCAAUAACAUCAGCUUUACAAUGCGCGCGAUUCCCGAGGAGUUGACGGCGCUCAUUUCAGAUUUGGAGAAUUUCCUCUGUGAUGGAUUAAAAGGAGAAAUUUUAAGCAAGAAGGCAAAAGAGAGGAGGGAAACCUUCAUAAAACGUAUCAAAGAAGUCAAACAAAGCUUCCCACAAGAUUUCAAGGACAAAGUAGGUGGUGAUGACUCAGAUGAUGAGGAGGAAGUUAACAGCAACAACGAUGGAGGGUCGCUGCAAUCAGAACGCACAGACAAGGAUGAUGAUGCAUGUGAAGGAACCCAACAGUCACCAUCUGUGGCAGCUCAGGACCUCACUUCUGUUUUUAAAGCCGGAUACCUUGAGAAGCGCAGAAAGGAUCAUAGCUUUUUUGGCACUGAGUGGCAGAAGAGAUGGUGUGCUUUGACCCAUAAUACCUUCUACUAUUAUGGGAGUGAGAAAGACAAGCAGCAGAAGGGUGAGUUCAGUAUUGCUGGAUACUCUGUCAAAAUGAACAACACCCUGCGGAAAGACUCGAAGAAAGACUGCUGCUUUGAAAUUUCUGCUCCAGACAAACGAGCCUAUCAGUUUUGUGCGUCAUCAGUGAAAGAGGCGGAUGAAUGGGUGAAAGAGAUAUACUUUGUUUUGAAAGAUAUGACGGGAAUCAUCCCAGAAGAAGACGAGGAUGAACGUUGGUUGUACGACGAUGUUGAAGCUGUAACUAAUUUAGUUCCAGCUUCAACAUCAACUGAGCCGGGUGACGAAAUCUAUGAAGAGCUCCCAGAGGAAGACAUGCCUGCUCCAUCAAAACCUUCUCCAAAGAUCGAUCCAUCAAACAAACCUGCUCCUCCUCCUGCAGUUGAUAAGAGCACAGACUACCAGAACUACUACCAGGGCUUGUGGGACUGUGUGGGGGACCUCUCAGAUGAGCUGUCUUUCAAACGUGGGGAUGCCAUCUACAUCCUGAGCAAAGAAUACAACAGUUUUGGCUGGUGGGUUGGAGAGAAGAAUGGAACUAUAGGUAUCGUUCCCAAAGACUACCUGAUGGAGCUGUAUUCUCUGUAAAUAAACCCAGUUUAGGUCGCUUAAAUGUCAUGCCAGUUGGUUUCACUUGCCUCCUGUUUCAAAACAUCAAGACAUGGAAUUAAUCCACAGUGUGUUCAUUGACAUUUCUUUUCUACAUUGUAAGAAACUGGUGAUUAGAUUGAAACGUUUUCAUUUGACCGAUAACUGAGUGUUUUUCUACCAUUUUGCAGAAUUUGUUUGUAUUUAUUUUAUUUUGAGGAUAUAUAUUUACACCACUUUUAUUCCCUGCUUCUGGUAAUUUGAUGUUUUCUGAUGGCUAAAUAAAUAAUGAAAUGAAA